AUUGUUUUGAAUUUUCGUUGUGUUGUUGUUGUGGUUUGAUAUUUUAGUAUAUACGAUUACGAUAGCAUGUCUAAAAGUAUAUACUUUAUACUGUUACGUCAUAAUGAGUAAUAUUAUGCUUGGGUUUGAUAAGAAAUCAUUAAAAUACUAUCAUUUUGAACUCUUACAUAGUACAAUAUAAUAGCUCUCACUGUACAUAUUAUUAGUCAUUACAUAUCACUAUUUCAAUUCACAAUUUCUUUCUAAUAAUAAAAAUGUUGCAAAUUAAUAACAAAAGCGUAGACAAAACCAACCUUCAGUGCCUUGGUAUUUUGAAAAAUAUUUAUGUAGACAAAAACACAUUGGAAUCUCAAAUAGAAAUAAUAUUAAAAACCCAUCCUGUUAUAUCCAAAGAACAUUUAAAUGCAUGGCUAUUGAAAACUAUAUCUUUAAUAGAUUUGACCACACUCUCUGGAGAUGACACAAGGUCUAAUGUGGUCAGGUUAUGUCUAAAGGCUGCAAAUCCUAUAUCAACCUCUAUUUUAAAAAGACUGAAACUCAAUGAUGAGAAUAAAAUCAGGACAGCAGCAGUUUGUGUAUAUCCAACGAGAGUAGCAGAUGCCCGUGACAUAAUUAUGAAGAUGGGACUGACGGAUACUAUAAAAAUUGCUUCUGUUGCUACUGGAUUUCCAUCUGGAUUAUACCCACUAGAAUCCAGACUCCAGGAAAUUAAAUUUGCUGUUGAAAAUGGUGCUACGGAGAUUGAUGUAGUACUUGACCGUAGCUUAGUUCUGAUGGGAAAAUGGGAGACACUCUUUAAUGAAGUGGUACAAAUGCGAAAAGCAUGUGGCAAAGUGCACUUGAAAGUGAUUUUAGGAGUUGGCGAACUUGGAUCAUAUGAAAACGUGUACAAAGCUUCCAUGGUGUCCAUGAUGGCGGGAGCUGAUUUCAUAAAAACUUCAACUGGAAAGGAAGCAGUCAACGCAACUUUACCGGUUGGUUUAGUGAUGUGCAGAGCUAUACGUAACUUCUACCUAACGACGGGAGUAAAGGUUGGCUUGAAGCCAGCUGGGGGAAUUAAAACAGCUGAAGACGCCGUCAACUGGCUCGUUUUGGUGCACAGUGAGCUGGGUGCAGAGUGGCUUCGACCGGAGCUAUUCCGCAUUGGCGCCUCAAGUUUACUCGACGUAAUCGAGAAGCAUUUAGACAAAAAUGUUCAAAGCUAAAACACACCUGAAACUAUGCAUCCUGUUUUUCUAUAUCUGUUUUAAUAUUUUAGUCCUAAGAUGAAAAUUAAGUUUAAUUGUAUGCAAAAAAUAUGUUUUAAUAAACGAAUUUUAUUUG